AACUUUUCCCAGAAUUAAAAGAAAGAAAAAAAAAAACGUGUUUCUUCAAGGUUGUAGUGUAGAGGGGGCUAGUAAGAGGAAAUGAGGCACAAACCCAAUGAGUAGGACAGAGCAGGCUAGCUUUUUCGCAGUCGUUGUCAAUCUAUGUUUCUCGUGCGUGUCUCCAACCAGGAGCUCCCUUUACACUUCAAUGCAAAGUAGCGCCGCAAGCGCCCCACGUCUGCGCGCCGCGGGGGAAGGGCAGGGCUGACACCACUUCCUCCCCGAGACAGCGGACCUGAGCCGAGUAGAGCCCAGUACAACGUGUCCCCUUCCCGGCUGGUGCCCCGACGCAGACCCGCACCCUGCCUGCGACCCGAUUAAGUCCAGCACAGCCGUCGAGAUGGGUGAGUCAAAUGAUGAUAUAGACCAAAUGUUCAGCAAUCUGCUAGGAGAGAUGGAUCUCUUGACCCAGAGCUUAGGAGUCGACACACUUCCUCCUUCAGACCCCAAACCUCCCAGAGCUGAAUUUAACUACAGUGUGGGUUUUAAGGAUUUAAAUGAAUCCUUAAAUGCACUGGAAGACCAAGAUUUAGAUGCUCUCAUGGCAGAGCUGGUAGCAGAUAUAAGUGAAGCAGAGCAGAGGACCAUCCAGGCACAGAAAGAGUCUUCUCAGAGCCAACAGCAUUCAGCACCUCUGGACAUAUCAGAUUCCAGUGGCGCAGCCUCCCUCAGUUAUGGAGCAAACGUCGCUGCAAUUCAUGUGAGCCAGUAUGAGGAUGUUUUACCACCUCCACCAGAGGAUCCCCUGUUAGACCUUCCUCCGCCACCGCCACCUCCUGAACCUCUCUCUCAGGAAGAAGAAGAAGCCCAGGCGAAGGCUGAUAAAAUUAAGCUGGCACUGGAAAAACUGAAAGAAGCCAAGGUCAAGAAGCUGGUUGUCAAGGUGCACAUGAAUGAUAACAGCACGAAGUCGCUGAUGCUGGAUGAGCGGCAGUUGGCCCGAGAUGUUCUAGACAACCUUUUUGAGAAAACCCACUGUGACUACAAUGUAGACUGGUGUCUUUAUGAAAUAUACCCAGAACUACAAAUUGAAAGGUUUUUUGAAGACCAUGAAAAUGUUGUGGAGGUCUUAUCAGACUGGACAAGAGACACAGAAAACAAAGUGGUAUUUUUGAAGAAAGAGGAAAAGUAUGCUGUAUUUAAAAACCCCCAGAAUUUUUAUUUGGAUAACAAAGGAAAAAAAGAAAGCAAGGACACAAAUGAGAAAAUGAAUGCUAAGAACAAGGAAUGCUUACUUGAGGAAAGUUUCUGUGGAACAUCCGUCAUUGUGCCAGAGCUUGAAGGAGCCCUUUAUUUGAAAGAGGAUGGAAAGAAAUCCUGGAAAAGGCGCUAUUUUCUUUUACGAGCUUCUGGAAUUUAUUACGUACCUAAAGGGAAGACUAAGACAUCUCGAGACCUGGCAUGCUUUAUACAGUUUGAAAAUGUCAACAUUUACUAUGGGAUUCAGUGUAAAAUGAAGUAUAAAGCACCCACUGACUACUGCUUUGUUUUAAAGCAUCCCCAAAUUCAGAAGGAGUCCCAGUACAUCAAGUAUCUCUGCUGUGAUGAUGGAAGAGCGCUAAACCAGUGGGUCACGGGGAUAAGGAUCGCCAAGUAUGGAAAGACUCUCUAUGAUAACUACCAGCGGGCCGUGGCCAGGGCCGGGCUGGCCUCUCGGUGGACAAACAUGGGCACCAUCAACACAGCCACCCCAGCUCCGCCUUCUACAGGACUUAAAGCAGGCCCGGCCCAGGCCAACGGUCAGAUACCCCAGGCCGCACACUCUGUGAGUGCCGGCCUCCAAGAAGCCCAGGGACACGUGGACACACCCAAGGACAAGAAGCCAGUCCUUGCUAACCAGGACCCAGGACCGCCCAGGGCCCAUCACCCUCCCAAGUCCAGCCUGCCACCGCCCCCUCCCGUGCGACGGUCCUCAGACACAGGUGGCAGCCCAGUGAUACCCCCCAAGGCCAAGGGCACCGGCUUUCCAGCCCCGCCCAAUGACUUUCUGCCACCGCCCCCGCCGCCCCCACCCGUGGAGGAGGAUGAAGAGCUGCCACCACCACCCCCGGAUUUUAACGAAGGGCCACCAGACUUCGUGCCUCCUCCUCCCCCUUCGUUUGCCGGGGAUGCGGGGUCAUUACCGCCCCCUCCUCCACCCCCACCCACCCUUGCCCCCGAAUCCGAGAGGCCGUCCCCUGUUGUUGCCAAAAGGCCUCCGAUUCCCCCCAAAAGGCAAGAGAAUCCGGGACCACCCGGCGGGGGAGGAGGUGCGGAGCAGGAUUUCAUGUCAGAUCUCAUGAAAGCUCUGCAGAAGAAAAGAGGCAACAUGUCCUAAGGGAAACAUCCAGAUGUCUGUGUGUGAUAGGUACCAUCGUUUCUAAUCUCAAGUGCAUUUUUGCUACUUUUGCGUGAUAUGUUGGUCAUUUCAGAUAAAAUAUAAAGUGUGCAGACUAGAAAUGUAAAACAUUUCACUGUUGCUGAAGUGCAUUCAUAACCAUUAAGCUAACACAGAAUUUACAGUAUCUGUCUAAAUGUACAUACUCUUCCUGUGAUGUGUACAUCGGUGGAAUUUCUCUCACCUUCCAAGCUAACCAAAAUGAUGUUUUAUGUUCAUUUAUUUUAUGAUGUUCAGAAGCAUCGAAUUAAUAAAAGUAAAAUUUUUCUUCCUGAA